AUGCUAAUUCAGGUACAUACGACCAGAGGGUGUGGAGAACAGGGCUUCCCGUCCGCUCAGCCGUACUUAAGCCCAUUAAUCUACGCGGCCAAUUCUCGAGGCGCCCUGAAAAUUAAAAUAGAGAAAAAAAAAUGUCUUAGGAGAGCUCUUAAUAAGCGUAUUGCACUUGCCGCAUUACGUGGCUUCACUUACGAAUCUAACUCCGCAAAUCUUGAAAUCUUUUGCGGAGGAUUAUAUUGCAACAAGAAAAAAACUUCCUUCACAGAAGACUACUUAUCUAAAUUUUAUCAGCUUCACUUCGAGAUAGGAGCGAGAAACCUCUCGCUCCCUUCCUCAGAACAUCUAAUUCUUGGGAUGAAUUUUGUUUUUUGGGUGAUAGUGCAUGGCAUAGCUAACGGUGCUUUUAAAGGCCUUAGUACUAUAGCAGAGGUUCUGAAUGCAAAGCCACCUAAGGGUAGAGAAUCAUAUACGCUUAAAUAG